AAUUCAAAUUAAUUACCUACUUUUAGGGGGGUAAGUAGGUAUAAAUAUGUGCGUCAAGUGAGUAGGUAGCAAGUUAUAUUUUUACCAUGUAUAUCAAAACACUAUUGGCUACUCUCUUUUUAGUUCAUGUUGUCAAUGCAUCACUGAACUGUUACGUAUGCGACAGCUCAGAGGGCGACACUAAUUGCCGAAGUGGAUCGGGAGUUCGUAACGUUACAUGUUCACCCCCACCUUCGAAUCACGUGAGGGUGUGCCUUGCAUUUGCGGAAACUGUGAGCGGGGUGACAAAAUAUAUCAGAAAGUGCGACGGUGAACUGAUAAGUUCAGCUUGCGAUGAAAUGAGAAACCGUGGUCGAGACAUUGGCAACUGUUAUUCUUGUUACAGUGAUUAUUGUAACGGAAAUCCUCUUUAAAAAAUGUCGAAGGAUAUUAAUUGAACUGUGUGCAUAUUUCAAUAAAUUGUAACAUCAGAGACUUAAAUAUAAUUUAUAGGAAAUGA